AUGUCCAACCGGAUUAGAUCUCCUUCCGCCCCCAAAACCCGAAGGAGAUCUAAUCCGACUCCAAAACCCGACAGGAGAUCUAAUCCGACCCCAAAACCCGACAGGAGAUCUAAUCCGACCCCAAAACCCGACAGGAGAUCUAAUCCGACCCCAAAACUCGACAGGAGAUCUAAUCCGACCCCAAAACCCGACAGGAGAUCUAAUCCGACCCCAAAACCCGUCAGGAGAUCUAAUCCGACCCCAAAACCCGACAGGAGAUCUAAUCCGACCCCAAAACCUGUCAGGAGAUCUAAUACGACCCCAAAACCCGUCAGGAGAUCUAAUCCGACCCCAAAACCCGACAGGAGAUCUAAUCCGACCCCAAAACCUGUCAGGAGAUCUAAUACGACCCCAAAACCCGUCAGGAGAUCUAAUCCGACCCCAAAACCUGACAGGAGAUCUAAUCCGACCCCAAAACCUGUCAGGAGAUCUAAUACGACCCCAAAACCCGUCAGGAGAUCUAAUCUGACCCCAAAACCCGACAGGAGAUCUAAUCCAACCCCAAAACCUGACAGGAGAUCUAAUCCGACCCCAAAACCCGAAGAAGACCUAAUGCAACCCCAAAACCCGAGAUCUAAUCUGACCCCAAAACCCGGCAGGAGAUCUAAUCUGACCCCAAAACCCGACAGGAGAUCUAAUCCGACCCCAAAACCCGGCAGGAGAUCUAAUCCGACCCCAAAACCCGACAGGAGAUCUAAUACGACCCCAAAACCCGUCAGGAGAUCUAAUCCGACCCCAAAACCCGGCAGGAGAUCUAAUCUGACCCCAAAACCCGACAGGAGAUCUAAUCCGACCCCAAAACCCGGCAGGAGAUCUAAUCUGACCCCAAAACCCGACAGGAGAUCUAAUCCGACCCCAAAACCCGGCAGGAGAUCUAAUCUGACCCCAAAACCCGACAGGAAAUCUAAUCCGACCCCAAAACCCGUCAGGGGAUCUAAUCCGACCCCAAAACCCGACAGGAGAUCUAAUACGACCCCAAAACCCGACAGGAGAUCUAAUACGACCCCAAAACCCAUCAGGGGAUCUAACUUGACCCCAAAACCCGACAGGAGAUCUAAUCCGACCCCAAAACCUGUCAGGAGAUCUAAUCCGACCCCAAAACCCGACAGGAGAUCUAAUCCGACCCCAAAACCCGACAGGAGAUCUAAUCCGACCCCAAAACCCGACAGGAGAUCUAAUCCGACCACAAAACCCGUCAGGAGAUCUAAUCCGACCCCAGAACCCGACAGGAGACCUAAUCCGACCCCAAAACCCGACAGGAGACCUAAUCCGACCCCAAAACCCGACAGGAGAUCUAAUCCGACCCCAACACCCGACAGGAGAUCUAAUCCGACCACAAAACCCGACAGGAGAUCUAAUCCGACCCCAAAACCCGACAGGAGAUCUAAUCCGACCCCAAAACCU